CCACUCAGGCGUGUACUAACGAGUGGUUAGGACUUGUUGAUGGGAAGGAUUUGUUGAUCUGGGGGUAUAUAGACCACCGCUUCCUUUUUUUUCUUUCAGCGUGGGAAAAUGCAUUGUGCUGUGUAUCAGUGGCGUUAUGCUCUCCUUAUUCCCUUUACGCACUGAUCGCCAUACAUGCAUCUCUCUCGCUGUGGGCUCAAUGGGGAAAAUCCACUGGGUGGAACUGUCUGCCGAUUGCCGGCGGUUUUUAAGUUUAUAUAUUUGUAUGCAGCUUGUCUCACAAUGCAGACGUCAUCUCCACUGGAUUUAGAUCAGCUUUGGUUGUCUUUUUUCCAUCGCGCCCCGCCGCCUGCGUUGUGAUUGUGGAAUACAGUGAAGAAAAUCCGUUUUUGAGAACGUUAUCCCGGCAGAUCGGCAGGUAGUUGGAAUACAACUUUCAAUUUAGCCCGCUGCAUCAAUUCAUAACUCUGCUACGGUUGCGUCUUUUCUUUCCGUCUCCAAAAUGUGCGACUGUUGAUCGGUCAUCGCAGGGUUGCUGUCGCGGAUUGCUUCAAGCAAACUUGGGAGUUCGUUUCGCCCGGGCUGCUGCGCCUUCACUCGAGCUGUGAUCUCCGUAGGAGGCGCCUGCAUUUCCUUGAUUGCUGGCGGCACACAUGCACAGGCGUCCCCACCGCUAUACCCAAACAGCGACUUCUGACAGAGCAACCGUCGUCUGGCAGAAGGAGGAGAAAACGCAGGGCGAAAGGAGGAAAACAGUGGCUGAAUGUUUGCUGUGAGGACGCUGCAGCCGGUAUUGGACAUUUAAGGAGGCGAUGCCACUGAACAUGUCACAGGCAGUGAACAAAAACAUCACUGUGCAGGUAUGAAUAAUCCACUGAAAUCUCGGUCCGCGUGAGUUUGGCAUAGCUCUUCAUCAAGACUAUGGUUAUUGAUGCAUGUAUGGAAUUACGCAUGAACUGAUCUCAUUUUUCCAUCAUGUCCAAGAAUUUUUUGAGUGAUGGUGACAGCUGUUUUAAAAUCGCAAUUAUCAUGUAGUAUUUGGACAAACAAGAAAACCAGCUCCUAAAAACAUAUAUAUAUAUUUGACAUUUGACAUCACGGAACGGACCACUUAGCCGCCACCAUGGGACUGUGACCCGGGCUGCGAGCUCUGAGAGGCGGCUGUUUGUGUUGUCUGUGCUCAGUGUGCAGACUGGACCUGAGCAGUUGUGACAUUUUGAGCCAUGGCUGCUGCUAUCGCAAGUGGGCUGAUCAGGCAGAAGAGACAGGCACGGGAGCAGCAUUUAGACCGGCCCUCGACCAACCGACGGAGGAAGAGCCCCAACAAGAACAAGGGGCUCUGCAAUGGGAACCUGGUCGACAUCUUCUCUAAAGUGCGCAUCUUCGGCCUCAGGAAGCGGAGACUACGGCGACAAGAUCCCCAGCUCAAGGGUAUAGUGACCAGGUUAUAUUGCAGGCAGGGUUACUACUUGCAAAUGAACCCCGAUGGCUCUCUUGAUGGGACCAAGGAUGACAGCAGUAAUUCCUCUUUGUUCAACCUUAUUCCUGUGGGCCUCAGAGUUGUCGCCAUUCAGUCCGUGAAGACAGGGUUAUACAUCGCCAUGAACGGGGAGGGCCAUCUGUACACAUCAGAACUCUUUACAGCGGAGUGCAAGUUCAAAGAGUCGGUGUUUGAGAACUACUAUGUGAUCUACUCGUCCAUGUUGUACAGACAACAGGAGUCGGGGAGAGCUUGGUUCCUAGGGCUCAAUAAAGAGGGCCAAGCUAUGAAGGGGAACCGAGUGAAAAAAACAAAACCAGCUGCUCACUUCCUGCCCAAGCCAUUAGAAGUCGCCAUGUACAGAGAGCCAUCGUUGCAUGAUGUUGGAGAGACGGUGCCCAAGGCAGCGGUACCUCCCAGUAAAAGCACAAGUGAGCCGGCGGUGAUGAACGGAGGUAAACCUGUUAGCAAGCCCGACAAGCCCGCCACAUAGCCACACCUGACCAGUGCCCAGUGUGUGUGUGUGUGUGUGGAGGGGGGGGCAGAGGCAGGGUUUCCCCUCCCCGACUAGACUCCAGACCUUCUUUCUUCUGCGGAUCAGAUCCAGGCGAAACCUCCCUCCUUUCCUUUCUUCUCUCGCUCCUCCUUCCUCUUCCUCUGCCUCGUCCUCCCUUUUUUCUCCAGCUGUCUCAACACGGACGGAUGGAUUCUGCGGUGGCUGAGUUUCCCCAGCACAGGAGGGAAGAGGACCUCUGAUCAAUGGAAUGCCUUCAGAUUCCUCUGUAACUGUGAGAAUUCAUGUGAAUAACAACGCGUGUUUCACGACCAUGCUCGUGGUACUUUGCUUGCUGAUGGUUCAUUCAAGAAACCCUUCCCCUCUCUAUAAUGCCCUGUUGCAGCAGAGUCUGUGUACCUUCAGAUCUAUUUUCUAUACCACAGUUCACCAGCUAUGUUCUGGGAUAGAGACUGUAUAGAUAGAGUAAAUAUUUGGACUGUCGUCCUCUAUUUUUUACGAGUAUGUUCCCUUCUCCCUCUCUUUCUAUCUCUAGUCACACACUUUUCUCUUUGUCAAGUUACGUAGAAAAGAUAAAAACAUUUUGCAAGGCAGUUGUGUGAUUUUCUAAGAAACACAUUCACACAGAUGGGGCAUAAAAAACAAGCAUAUAUAUAAUAAAAAAACAAUCCAAAUUUUCAUCUUGCCUACAACAUGCACACACAUUUAGAGACAGACAUACAAAGUUUGUGGGGGAAAAUCAGAGAUGUUGCUUUUUACAGCUGAUACAAAAACACACUGCAGGCUGGCAGAUAGCUCCUGCAAUCAUAGUUGAUGAAGUGCUAAUUACCGCCACUGCAAUCAAUGCGAGGAGCUCCCCACACACAUACAAACACACACACACAUUUAUAAACAGAUGUGUGUGUGGGUGGGAGAGAGCGCUGUAAGGAAUGGUGUAUACAUAUCACUAUCAAGUCCCACCAGCGGUUCAGUCCGCCUUCUCUGGUAAAUAGAAAAACCUGAAGUCUAUUUUUCUUUAAUCUUAUUUCCGAGCGUGGGCUCUAGGAAUAUCUCUAGGCCUUGUAGGCCUCUGUCCCUCACUCACUGACUUCUUUGGACUACGAGACAAGGCUUGUGGCUUUGACCCAGAUGGUCUAUAACUGCAGCACUGGCAGCCAUCUUAUGGCAGUGUCUACUUAAAGCCAGAAAACAACAUGGCUGAAAACCAGUAGGCGACAUUUAUACUGGCUGCAUCCCUAUUUGGUUCGGCAAACUAAAGCAUGGGCAAGAUUAAUAUUGUGUUCUCUCUUCUUGCAGCAGUUAUACAAGAGAUGGCUUGUAUUGUAACAUUUUCACUGUAUAAAACUUAGGGAAAAUGACUAUUAAAAAUCAUAACUUUUUAAAUGACUAGAUAUUAUUAUUAUUAUUAUUAUUAUUAUUAUUAUGAGAGGAUUUGUCUCCUAGCUCAGCAUGCAGAGUCCAGUACUGAUCAUCUUGGCCUAUCACGUGCCUGUUUGGACCUUGAUUCCCGGCAUGCAAAAACAGGUUCCCAGUCCCCACUGGGCCAAAGGUGCCUCACCCACCCGAUACAUCCAUGUAGAGGACACGUAGCAUUAUACAUUGAAAAACCACACUCAGAUGUAUUCAUUCUGAAAUGACCAAAGUCUUUUUUCAUCCCAAGAAGAACUGAUUCUUUUAAAAAAAAAAAGAAAACAAAUCCUGAUUCUCUUUUUGAUUGUGAUCCAUCGAAGCUUUCACUGUGAUAGCAUUUGUUCUGUCCGAAAGAAUCAACUCCGCUCAGACCCCCCAAAAGGUCUUGACUGAUGUCAUUUUGGAGAAGUACGUAUACCUUGAAUUAAUCACAUGCAUGUAUUUUCUAUAAGGAACAAGGUAUGGGUAUCGUUCUUCACUCUGUGUAAGCCGAAGAGCACUGAAGUUGGGUGUGGGAGUCGAAUGGGCAUGUUGUAGGCUACAGCACACUCACAGCUAAUCUGAAGGUAACCCACUGCACUUUCUGUUUUGCAUUCUCAUCAUGACUGUUAGCAGUUUAUCAAAGCUCUACCUGAUCAAUCAAUCUAUAACGUUUGUCUUGCUUUAAUGGUUUUUUCCCAAUAGUUUUGUUAGAUAAGUUUAGAAUAUUAAACACAUUGUUGCUGCUGUGUGCUGCUAAAACUGCGACUAUAUUAAGAAAUUGAUUUGGUAAAUAUGAUUUGUAGUUUAUUGGGAUUACACAUGACCAUUUCUUAUUACAGAACAUCAAAGCACAUUAGUUAGAAUUCAAUUUUUGUCUGUACAAAGCUGUUAAUGCUAUAACAAAAAUGGCAUACUACACACACACACACACACACACACACACACACACACACACACACCUACACAAACACACACACACACACACACACACACACACACACACACACACACACACACACACACACACACACACACACACACACAGGAGCUGGAAACCACUGUAGUUGUAUUUGGGGGCUGAUGUUCUGUCCUCAUUACAGCCAAUCAUCCUCCACCUCUUACAAACUCUACAUGCUGGGCUGGUUGCUGCUCCAGCCCUGCAGUCCAGUUAACUGGCUCCUCCAAGGCUGACUUUAUUUUUGUAAAUGACCGGUGUGUAAAUGUACAUCUCUGUUUUGAUCUCUGUAUCCAACGUUUUUUUGUUUUUUUUUGUUGUUGGUUUGUUUGUCUUCAUUUUCUCUUGUAUACGGGUCGCCUGUGAUGUCGUCUCCUGAUCCCGAUCACUUAUGCUUUGUUCCCCCUCUCUUCAGAUGUGUUACAAGAAUAUCCUAGCAAACUUAGUUUCUCUGUUGCUUCUGUUUUCAACCUCUUAUUUUGUACGUUGUCCCAUCUGUUGCAUGGGGAGAGGAUGGCAUUGAUGAACUGCAUGUAGUAGGCUAUGUCUAUCAAGAACUGUUGGUAUGUACCGCUAAUUUUACAUACAUAUAUGCAACGAGUUUGUCUACACUAUACAGUUUGUGUUUGUUGUAUACACAUAUACAACAUAUUGAAUAAAAUAUUUAUAUAAGGGUGUACUGUAAUGUCAGUAACAUACUUAAUGCAAUAUAGUGUGCAGUAUAUUAUUGCACCUGUCAUUUUUGAUGGGACAAAGAAAACGGAGGGGGUUGGCUAGUUUAAGCAUGAAAAAGGCCAAAGUAGAAUUUACAUUAAAUUUUUUCUUUGUGACUUCUUAUCUGUCCUCUUUUCAAGUGGUGACUGAGCUCUUGUGUCAAUGCAGCUCUCAUCCCCUGUCGCCACCUUUUGAAGUGACAUGGACAUCCAGCAUGCCACAAUUGAACUAUGUAUGCCCUUCUCUUUGUUUCCUCCGCUUAGAAUUUAACCUUAUCACUAGUAUGAGUUAGGAGUGAGAAAUGUCUAUCGCGUAGUGUACCACCAGUACAGUGUGGCUUUCAUGACGGAUUGUUUGGUUUGAGUUCCCGAUUGAGAAGAAUAGGCACUAUUAAAAUGAUUUAUUUUCAAAAAAAUAUAUAUACCAUUGCAAGUAUGCCCAUUGAAGUUAUGUCAUGUUAUAACAAAUUUGUAACCAUGUAUGAUUAAGGUCUUCGCAUUGUUUUCCAUGCAAACUGUUGUGUCAUGCGGCACAUUUAAUGUUUUAUUAUUAAAAAGAAAUAAAAACCUCAAACAGUAA